AUGGCACCUCCGGAUCUCGAGUUUAAGUACGACGGUAGUUUCGAGCAGCAUGUAGGGACUGGCAACCCUGCGCUCGUCAAGAAAACGCACAAGGUCCCGUAUCUCGCCAUAUCGCCCUCUCGACCUGAACUGAGCCAGUCUGGAAAGACAAUCCUGAUCACUGGGUCGUCUGCAGGAAUAGGAUCUUUUAUUGCACGCGGUUUCGCACAAGCGUCGGCGUCGAGAGUUAUCCUCACUGGUCGACGCCAGCAUGUCUUAAAUGAUACAGCUGCGAAACUCUCCCAAGAGUUUGGCCAGACUGAGUUCCUGCCUCUCCCUUGCGAUGUUGGAAACCUUGACGAAUCCACGGCUCUAUGGACUUCACUCCAAGAGAAGGGAAUAUUCGUCGACGUUCUCGUACUCAACGCGGCGACAUUUGGGGGAGAGUACUCUAUUCUAUCCGGUGGCAUGGAGAAGACAUGGCCCCUGUUCGAGACCAAUGUCAGGUCUCUGUUACACUUCACCGAGCGACUCCACAAGCAGCAAGGCUAUGAGGACAAGCGGAAGUACGUGAUAAAUGUAUCCACCAACGCCGUUCACGACCUCGCUGCUGGUGCCACAAUGCCAGCAUAUGUUCUUAGCAAGACCUCUGGUCACCUUCUACUUCAAAGCAUCGCCAAGGAGACCGAUCCAAAGAAGCUGCAAAUCAUCAACUUCCACCCUGGCAUCAUCCUUUCUGAAUCUGGCAGGAGUAUUGGAUUGGAUGAGAACAGCUUCCCAUUCGAUCACAACGACCUCCCGGCUCAUUUCGCCGUAUGGGCAGCUACUCCUGAAGCCGAGUUUUUGCACGGUCGGUUUGCUUGGGCAUCUUGGGACGUGGAGGAGAUGAGAUCCGGCGACGUCAAUAAAAGUAUUCAGGCCGAUCCCGACUUCCUCACCCUUGGCUUCCGUGGGCUUUGA